AUGUCAAACCGGUACCAAGGUCCCAAUGAAAAAGUCACUCCGCAGUGGAAAGAUGUGAAUGUGGAUCAUACAUACAUACCUUCAUACAAUCAAGCUCCAAGUCGGUCUCUGCCUGUUUUAGCAACUAUAAGUACUUUGGAUAAUAAAACUGAAAAUAGUGAGAGAUCUGUAUGCCCAAUGCUGUGGGGUCUUGUUCCAUUCUGGCAUAAGGGUAACCCUAUGGACACAACCUACAAAACAUUUAACUGUCGUGCUGAUGGCAUCAGGGAGAAAUCAUCAUACAGAGUUGCAUUUUCUAAAGGCCGGCGAUGUGUUGUUCUUUCAGAUGGAUUUUUUGAAUGGAAGAAAGUUAAUGGCCAAAAAGAACCAUAUUUUAUCUACUUUCCUCAACCCAAAAAAGUAAGCAUGAGUGAGCGUAAGUGGACCAGUGAGGAAGAAGAAAUGUGGGAUGUGGAUGGAGAGUGGCGAGGGCCAAGGUUGCUAACUAUAGCUGGAAUUUAUGACAUUUGGAAGUCCCCAAAGGAUGGCCAUUUACUGUACAGCUUCACAAUUAUUACUGUUGGUGCCAGUAAUGAAAUGAAAUGGCUUCAUGACAGGAUGCCAGCUGUACUUGAUGGGGAAGAGACUGUCAAUAUGUGGUUAGAUUCUGAGAAUGUGUCACCAGAAGAGGCACUCACUUUAUUAAAGCCAGCUGAGAACCUUGAGUGGCAUCGUGUUUCAACUGUGGUGAACAGUUCUAAAAACAACACAUUGGAAUGUGUUCUUCCGCUGAGGGAAAGUAAGGCCACACCUAAAAAUACCCUAACAAAAUGGCUUUCCAUGAGUAAAAGAAAGACAGUGAAGAAAGAAGGUGAAGAACAAAGUCCCUCAAAAAAGAUAAAAACCGAAUGAAAUUAGAAAUAAAACUCACACUCAUAAUGUAAGGAAUUUAUAUAAGUAGCUAAAAUAUUUGUUCUUUGGUGUUACUUUAAAAUGCAUUUGUUUUUGUUAAUAUUCUGUAUAUUUUCAGGUUGUAUAUGUAUAUU